GGUGCGCCUGAGGAGGCAGGGGCGGCUGAGGAGGGGCGGCUGAGGGGGGGCCCGGCGGGUCGGCACCAUGAGCUCCAUCGGCACCGGGUAUGAUUUGUCAGCUUCAACGUUCUCCCCCGACGGCCGAGUUUUCCAGGUUGAAUAUGCAAUGAAAGCCGUAGAGAAUAGUAGUACAGCUAUCGGAAUCAGGUGUAAGGACGGCGUCGUGUUCGGCGUAGAAAAAUUAGUUCUAUCAAAACUUUAUGAAGAAGGUUCCAACAAACGCCUCUUCAAUGUCGAUCGACACGUCGGCAUGGCGGUAGCAGGGUUGCUAGCAGACGCCCGUUCUUUGGCAGACAUAGCCCGAGAGGAAGCUUCCAACUUCAGGUCGAACUACGGCUAUAACAUUCCCCUUAAGCAUCUCGCAGACAGAGUGGCCAUGUACGUCCACGCUUACACCCUCUACAGCGCCGUCCGGCCUUUUGGCUGCAGUUUUAUGUUGGGGUCAUACGGGGCAGACGACGGAGCUCAGCUGUACAUGAUCGACCCAUCGGGCGUUUCCUACGGUUACUGGGGUUGCGCCAUUGGCAAGGCCAGGCAAGCAGCCAAGACCGAGAUCGAGAAACUGCAGAUGAAGGAAAUGACCUGCUGUGAUGUUGUCAAAGAGGUAGCAAAAAUAAUCUACAUCGUCCACGACGAAGUCAAAGACAAAGCGUUUGAACUGGAACUGAGCUGGGUCGGCGAAAUAACCAAAGGGAGACAUGAAAUCGUCCCCAAAGACGUCCGGGAGGAGGCAGAGAAAUACGCCAAGGAAUCUCUGAAAGAAGAGGACGAAUCGGACGAUGACAACAUGUAAUAUUCCCUCUUGGCCGGCAGUACGCUUUGGUAUUUUAAACUUGGUAUCAACUGGUCCCACGACCUAAACGGCAAUGCCCUGUGCGCGGUUGAAAAUCUCCCCCACGAUCAACUUUCAUUAAAAUUCUUUUUCUCAGUCCCGAA